GUCACCUCCCGACCCGAGUUCGGCUCUAACUGGGCUUCACUCAACCACAUCCACCGCUCUUUCCUACUCUUCACUGCUCCGGCUCUUCGUUCGUCCGCCCUACAGACCCCUCAUACCUCAAAGUCACCCUCCGCCCCGUCGCUUCUCUCCUUCAGUUCGAACUAUUGGACCCUGCCCGUAAAUACCAGUCCCCAACUUUGUGCUCCCACGACUUGCUCCCACGACUGGGCUUCCGAUGCCUUCCUCACCUCCACGCUCCCUUUCGCGUCUCCGAUGAGUCCUUGAAUCACGUCGCGGCGGCUUCCCCCGCGAUCACUCAAUUAUAUAAUCUCUCCUCCUACAUCCUCUCCUCCUCCCCCUCCUCCUCAACCCUCUUGUCCCACCAAUCCCCCGAGAACCACAGCCAUGUCCACCCCGGGUCCAUCCUCCGCAAGUGAGCCAGAUGUCAUGAACGAUCCCGAAUACGCCACAAACACGUCCAAAGGCUCCGGCGACGAUGGCGAUACAUGUCGCAUAUGCAGGGGCGAGGGUACCACAGAUGAACCACUCUUCUAUCCCUGUAAAUGCAGCGGGAGCAUCAAGUUCGUCCACCAGGAGUGCUUGAUGGAGUGGCUGUCGCACUCGCAGAAAAAGUACUGUGAACUGUGCAAGACGCCUUUCCGAUUCACCAAGCUGUACCACCCCACCAUGCCGAAUCGAAUCCCGACCUCCGUCUUCCUCCGCCGCGCCGCCAUACACGUCCUGAGGAUGCUCAUAACGUGGUUUCGUGCCGUGCUGGUGGCCUCUGUCUGGCUGGUUUUGCUUCCAUAUUGCAUGCGUGUAGUUUGGCGGAGUCUAUUCUGGGUCGGCGACGGAGGCUGGACUCGGGACCUCUACCCUGCCACGGCCGAGAAGGAUCCCCAGGCUUCGCCGUCACAACCUUGGGAUCUGGAGACGGAGCGCUCUGCUAUCGAAUCUGCCAAAGCCGCCAAUAUGUCCGUGUCUCUUCCACUCCCCAGUCUGCUCAUGCCCUUCUCUCCCACCCUGAACAUGAGCUCUGGCGAACCCACCGUCUGGACGUUAAUAAAACACUUCUUCUUUGGCGCUGCCUAUUCCAUUCCUGAUUUCAAAGUUCCUUCUGCUACGAACAGUACUGACCUUAACACUACCGCCGAUGCCCUCGCACCGCGGAAUCCUUCUCUGCUCUCCGACAUUUCUUUCUUCAAUUGGUUUCCCUCACAGGCUGCGAACGGGUUUCUAAUCGACGUGCUCGAGGGCCAAAUCAUCACCCUUCUGGUCGUGGUUGCCUUCAUUCUAAUAUUCCUCAUCCGAGAAUGGGUGGUCCAGCAACAACCCGUCAUCAAUAUGGUAGCACUUGGCGACGACGAUGCUGCCGCAGACAGGGCUAGGGAAGCUGCAGAACCGGACCUGGAGGAAGACCAAAUUGAUGAUGAAGAAGAAGAAGAGGAGGGGGAGGAGCAGGAAGGAGAACGAGUUUACGACAAUCCACCUGCCGAAGAAGUGCCAGAGAAUAAUGGGGAAGAGGAGCCGACUCGGCCCCUUCCCCAAACUCGCCGCUCGUCUUCUUCUAACAGGAAGCGCCAAGCUAUUUUCAAGUUGUGGCAAGACAGCGAUGAGAUCCCAGAAGACCUUCGACAAGCCAUGCAAGAGGGCUCGGCUGAAGAUGUCGCAAGGGUCAUUGAGCGGAUGCCUUUGGAGGAGUCAGUAAGGCUGAAAGAACAGCUAGUCAAGCUUUCCCAGCGCAUAACUAACGAGCGCAUUACUGACGGGCGCAUAAUUGAUGACCCUACGAACUCUUCUAAGACCACGCACUGUGACUCAAAUACGGAAACACAGGUCGGCAGUGAAUUAAACCCCCAACCGUCCGGAUCGAGGAGACCUCAUUUUCCCGAGAGAUCUAGUAGCCUCCCCACACGAUCUAGCAGCCUCCCACCAAAUCCGGAGAGAAGUUACUCGUCGGAGAAUUUCGAGUCUUUCGGCCCUCUACAGAGACCCAACAUGCCAGCGAGAGAUCAGUCUUUCAUUGCAACUGAGAUCAGGCGCAAUUUAGAAGAGGCCAAUAUAUGGUCCUUUGAGAAUGUAUCUGGGGAUCCCCAACAUUCUCAGAAUGAAGAUGUGCCUGAGUCGUGGGAGGAUGAAGAAGCAGCAGAUAGCCCCACACACAAGGGGGUCGAUGGCACGACGUCCGAUCAAGAACAGAAUAGCGACCACAGCAGUGAAAGUUGGCAACAAGUCCCUGAUGUCGUUGUCUUCGACAACGUUGACGUAUUUCAUGAUGCAGACUCAUCAAAAGGGAAAGGAAAGGCUAAAGUACACGAAGAUAGUACAAACGAGCCACAUGUGGGACUUAUCACUCCCCCGCCAUCAGAAAGAGAGAGAAAAUCACCGGAAACCGCCUCUAUGGGUGAAGACGGAUCUCACCCUGUACGAAGCCUAGAAGAAGAUACUGCCAUCUCCAAUCAAUCCGUGUGUGGUUCUGAUUCCUAUCGCCAAGAGUCCGACAUUGAAGAGCAGCAAUUACCGACCGAAGAGGAGCCAGAACCUGCACGCCCGGCUGCACGGCCCCAACCAGGCUUGCUAGAUCGCAUAAUGGAGUGGUUAUGGGGGGACGUCGCUCCCGGGAUCCAGGCUGUUGAAGACGACGGUAAUGACGAGCGCAUUGUCCAGGACCUAGCAGACGAGGCCCCGUUUGUUCCCUUCGGCGGCCUUAACGACCGAGAGCCUGCGAAUGCGCUAGUACAGGACCCUGAAGUAGCAGCGGCGGCUGUAGCAGCCGGCAUUGACGUCAACGACCAAGAUGCCAUUGAUGACGCCGAAGAUCUCGAAGGAAUAAUGGAACUGAUAGGCAUGCAAGGGCCCCUCACUGGUCUUUUUCAGAACGCCAUGUUCAGUGCUGUCUUAAUCUCUGCAACUCUAGCUUGCGCUGUCUGGUUCCCAUAUCUAUGGGGCAAGGUGGUACUACUCUUUGUCGGCAGUCCGAUAUCGCUUUUUAUAAAGCUACCUCUCCAAUUAGUUGCUGCUCUCGCUGAUUUCGUUGUUGACGCCGCCCUUUGCAUCGGUGCUGCUGCAGUAUGGCUGCUCGCUCAGGGUAUUCGUUUAUCUGUGAGAAUCUGUACAUGGGGAACAUUAUCCGAAUUCGUGGACAGACCGAUCAACCUUGUUACAGCCCCUGCACGGUCAGUUGCAGAGAGUGCGAAGGAUCGAAUUGGUGAUCUGGUCGCCGAGUCAGCCCUCCUCCCUCACCCAGACUACUUCCGACUAUCAACCAACUCCCAUGCAGCAUUGCGGACAAUACAAAACACAACUUCUUAUGCUUUCAACCAGACCAGUAUUAUGGUCGGGGCAUUGUACGGAAAUAUCACAACAGAAUCUGCCUCCCACACCAUCUUACGAGUAGUUCAGCAGGCGCCCAUAUCCCUGCAAGUUUUCUUCAUCUCCACGUACAGCAAGGCUGCUCAGCUGGUCUCCUGGAUGUGGAAUUCGAAGUCGUAUAAGAUCACUCUCGACUUAAACCUUGGCCACAAUGUUACGUCUGCGUACACGGCAAUGGAGCAAUGGAGCCCGACUGACCGACUAAUAGCUAUUUUUGCUGGAUACGCUUUCUUUGCUGUAGCUGGUGCCGUGUACCUCAAACGCGCGGCUCCCAUCAGCACCUCCCCCCAAGGUCGGAAGCUCGAAGGCAUCAUUACAGACAUCCUCCAACAGGCUGGAGGCGUGCUGAAGGUCAUUCUCAUCAUCAGCAUUGAAAUGCUCGCGUUCCCGCUCUACUGUGGCCUGCUUCUCGACUUAGCCCUCCUCCCUCUCUUCCAAAACGCAACCCUGUACACGAGGUGGCAGUUUACUAGGGAGAGUCCUUGGACAUCCGGGUUCGUACACUGGUUCAUUGGUACUUGUUACAUGUUCCACUUUGCCCUAUUUGUCUCCAUGUGCCGCAAGAUCAUGCGACGAGGCGUCCUCUACUUCAUCCGCGAUCCCGAUGACCCAACGUUCCACCCAGUCCGCGAUGUCCUCGAGCGAAGCGUUACCACGCAGCUACGGAAGAUCGCAUUCAGUGCUCUUGUGUAUGGCGCGUUGGUCGUUAUCUGCUUAGGUGGUGUGGUAUGGGGUCUGAAUCGUGCGACAAGCGGCGUCCUUCCGAUCCACUGGGCAUCUCACGCCCCUUCACUAGAGUUCCCUCUCGACCUCCUCUUCUAUAAUUUCCUCACUCCCAUCAUCAUCAAAGCUUACAAGCCGAGUGAUUGGCUGCAUACGAUAUAUGAAUGGUGGUUCAAGAGCUGCGCUCGUCUCCUCCGGCUGUCACAUUUCCUUUUCGGCGACAAAGCUAAGGAGGAAGAAGGCCACCACGUCAGGCGUACCUGGUCAGGUUGGUUCGCUGGCGAGAAGGGAAAUCCAGAAAAACCUGUGAUAGGAGAGGAUCGUCGAAUUCUAGCCGAGGACCGCGGUCUUCGAGUAUACUUUAUGUUUGAUGGUAAAUACGUUCGGGCUCCAGCCUCUGACCAGGUCCGCAUCCCCAAAGGAGAGCCUGUCUUUGUCGAGGUCGACCGUUUCAAUCAUCGCAAAGAUGGCAAAUCUGAGGAGGGCGGAGUACAUAAUUCCGAUAUGGUGACGAUGGUCUAUAUUCCACCGUGGUUCCGUAUCCGCAUUGCUCUCUUUGUCUUCACCAUGUGGAUCUUUGCGGCGAUAACUGGCGUCGGUAUAACCGUCAUUCCACUUCUCUUCGGUCGAUAUCUGUUCUCUCUAUUCCUUCCACCGACGGUCGAAAUGAACGACAUCCACGCAUUUUCCCUGGGGAUCUACACUCUCGGUAGCGUCGCAUACGGAAUCUACCACCUGUACAAGCUCGUUUCGACUCUCCACCGGCCUGUACCCUCACCCCUAUCUACUCUCUGGGCCCUCGUCAUCACUGCCACAAAAUUUGUGCUUCGCGUCAUCCGCUUCGGAUACGUGUGGACCUCGCUCGUAGUCCUGAUCCCCUUCCUCUUCGCCCUCCUCCUCGAACUCUACCUCCUAAUGCCCUUACACGCCUAUCUAGGCCCCCACGAACCCCACGUCGUCCAUCUCAUCCAAGACUGGACCCUCGGCUUCCUGUACGCCCGUCUCGCCGCCCGCGUCGUCUUCUCAGACCGCGCAUCCCGCCCCGCCCGCGCCUUCAGCGCCGUCGUUGCCGACGGCUACACAAAUCCCAACGCACGUCUCGCAACUCGUUGCUUCCUCGUCCCCGUCCUUGCCGUCUUUGCUAUCGCGCUCGUCGUCCCGUCAUCCAUUGCUUGGACCUUGAAUCGCACACUUUGGGCGGGCGCGACGGAUGCUACUAGGAGCCAAGUGUGGCGGUUUAGUUAUCCAUUGUUGGGACUGGCGGUUGGGGCAGUUUGGACGGCGAGGGAGGGGGUAGGGAUGUUGAAUCGAUGGAGGAUGGUGGUUAGAGAUGAGGUUUAUUUGGUGGGGGAACGGUUGCAUAAUUUUGGAGAAAGGAGGGCUCCGAUUGGUUCGAGAAGUACGAUGAUUAAAGUGUAGAUUGUUUAAGGUAUGCAUGAAUGUUCGGCGUUUUUGGAUGGGGUGGGGUGCGUUGGUGGGCG